AUGGUGUUCCACGUCCGAGCCACUACGUCUACCUCUUCGAUCCCCGAAGGCGAUUCCGCGAACGAGCCGAAAAGGGAUCCUAGCCCCUCGUCUGACACUAUCAUGGGUGACGGGCCUGGUCAAACAGACGACCCGGAUAAUCCCAAGAACUGGCCGAACCGGAGGAAAUGGAUGAUCACAGUCUCAUUAGGCAUGCUGACAUGGGUUGUGACUUUUGCAAGCAGCAUCUUUAGCACUGCAACUCGACCUGCUGCCGAGGAGUUCGGCGUCUCGGUCGAAGUUAUGACUCUCGGUACGAGCUUGUUUGUCCUCGGUUUCGCCUUUGGCCCCUUGAUAUUUGGUCCCAUGUCAGAGACCGUCCUUGUAUGUCGAUUUCUGAGUGGUCUUUUUGGCUCCUCUCCCCUCAGCGUUGUUGGCGGCGCGCUUGUCGACCUUUGGCCACCCGUCGAGCUUGGCAUUGCCAUGAGCAUUUUUGCAGGUGCAAACUUCAUUGGCCCUGUUGCCGGCCCCAUCAUGGGCGGGUUCAUCACCCAGAGUUCACUUGGCUGGCGGUGGACAGCUUACAUCACAGCGAUUAUGGCAGCUCUAUUCGGCCCCAUAGCUUUCAUGCUGGUUCCGGAGACGCUUGAGUCUACCCUUCUGUCUAGGAAAGCUCGCUGCGUCCGUCUCGUGACCCGUGAUUGGGCUAUGCAUGCUGUUGCAGAAGAAACGCCUGUUGAUAUCUCCGAAAUGGCGGGCAGAAUCCUCGUCCGACCCCUCGCCAUGCUAGUACUUGAGCCCGUGAUCAUUCUCGUAACACUUUACAUGUCCUUUGUGUACGGUCUUAUAUAUCUUUGCUUCGAAGCCUAUCCAGUAUCUUUCCAAGAGGAUCGCGGUUGGACGAGUGGUGUUGGAUCUCUUCCGUUCCUUGCCAUAAUACUUGGAGUUGUCAUUGGAGUUGUCUUCAUUACCAUAUUCUCCAAGACCCGGCUCACGCGCAUUAUUAAGACCAAAGGUUAUCUUCCCCCUGAGCAGCGGCUUCUGCCAAUGAUGGUUGGUGGGGCAUGCUUUCCCGUUGGACUCUUGUGGUUCGCAUGGACUUCCGAUCCUAGCAUCUCAUGGGUAGUACAAACCAUUUCAGGAGUUCCUUUAGGAGCUGGUAUCAUGCUAAUAUUUCUCCAAGGCCAAACCUAUAUCAUAGAUAAUUAUCGAACGAAUGCAAAUAGUGCUCUAGCUGCUAACGCCGUAGUACGGGCACUAUUUGGCGCAGGAUUUCCAAUGUUUGCGGCUGCUAUGUAUAGGAGGCUAGGGGUUAACUGGGCCACUAGCGUUCUUGGCUUUAUAGCCGUUGGGCUUUUCCCAGUUCCUGUACUCUUUUAUAUCUUUGGCGAGAGAGUUAGAAAGCUCAGCCGAUACGCACCAACUGGUGGCCCCCCGCGAUAG